ACAAAAUUGGUCUUUUAAAACUGACCGGAGUACGUCUGGAAGUUUGAAGGUGGAUGGUGGUGCUCACAAUCUGGAGAGAUAAGUGAUCAGUGAUCCUGCAUCCUGAGUGUCAGUCAGGGAGGCUCUCUCUGUGCUUCCAGCUUGCUCUUUUCUUCCCUCUCUGGCGCUCUCUCUCUCUUUCUCUCUCCCUCUCUCUCUUUCUACCGCUCUCUCCUGGUUCUUCGCUCUUCUCUGCCUUUAAUUUCCUUCCCUCAACCAUGGCUCCGACCCUGGCUACAGCAUUCGCCAGGCGCUGGUGGAUGGCAGUGACUGCUAUCAUCGAGAAUCUGCUCUUCUCUGCUGUGCUGCUGGGAUGGGGAUCUCUCCUCAUCAUGCUCAAGUCAGAAGGCUUCUACUCUUACCUUUGCAACGAGGAGGGUAACAGCUCCAGCUAUAAUCUGUCCCAACCUGUGCCAACACCGACACCUGAUGAGUAUGCUGAAUACUAUGAAAGUGAGGGUGCUGUAGUAGGUCUGGGAGACGGAGUGGAGAUGAGACCCCUUGUCCCUCUGGAUGGGGCCCUGAGGAUGAACGGUUGGCUGAUCUGUAAGGAACAAGAUGAGAUGCUCAACUUGGCAUUCACAGUAGGCUCCUUCCUGCUCUCAGCCAUCACACUGCCACUGGGGAUCGUCAUGGAUAAAUAUGGGCCUCGCAAGCUACGUCUGCUGGGCAGCACAUGCUUUGGAUUGUCCUGUCUACUCAUUGCAUAUGGAGCCUACCAACCAAAUGAACUCUCUGUCCUUAUCUUCAUUGCCCUGACUUUCAACGGUUUUGGGGGCAUGUGCAUGACCUUCACCUCUCUCACACUGCCUAACAUGUUCGGGGACCUCCGUUCCACCUUCAUCGCCCUGAUGAUUGGCUCCUAUGCAUCUUCUGCUGUCACCUUUCCUGGCGUCAAGGUGAUCUACGACCUUGGCAUACCUUUCAUCACUAUUCUGGUGGUAUGGGCUGCCUGUGCUGGACUGGUCUUCCUGAACUGCUUCUUCAACUGGCCUCUGGAACCAUUCCCAGGACCAGAGGACAUGGACUACACUGUGAAGAUCAAAUUCAGCUGGCUGGGCUUCGACCACAAAAUUACAGGCAAGCAGUUCUACCGCCAAGUGACCACCGUAGGCCGCCGUCUCAGUGUGGGCAACAGCCUGAAGCAGAAGGAGCUGGCCACUAAGGACGGCCACAAGCUCUGCCUCUCCACCAUGGACCUGGAAAUGGAGUGCAAGCCACAAGAAGCAUCCCAAUCAUUCUUGAAAAGUAUCAUCAGCCCAAUCUUCCUGCUCAGUCUUGUUACCAUGUCCGUCACUCAGCUUCGUCUCCUGUUCUACAUGGGGGCCAUGAACAGCGUCCUGGAGUCACUCAGUGAUGGAGACCUCAACACAGUGAGUCUGUACUCCUCCAUCUUUGGCGUGCUGCAGCUGCUUUGCCUGAUGACCACUCCUGUGAUUGGUCAGAUCAUGGACUGGAAGCUGAAGGAAUGUGAUGAUGGAGAGGAGGAAAAGGAACCCUGCAGCAAGGGGGAGACAAAGAAAAAGCGCAGAGACAGAAAGACCCAGAAGGUGACUAAUGCCUUGCGAGCCUUCGUCCUCACAAACAUUCUUUUAGUUGGAUUUGGGAUCACUUGCCUGGUGCCCAAUCUCCCCCUGCAGAUUGUGUCAUUUAUCUUACACACUGUGGUGAGAGGGUUCAUUCACUCUGCUGUUGGUGGCCUCUAUGCAGCUGUGUAUCCCUCCUCUCAGUUCGGCAGUCUAACAGGCAUGCAGUCCCUGGUCAGUGCUGUGUUUGCUCUGCUGCAGCAACCCCUGUUUCUGGCUAUGAUGGGACCCCUGGGGGGAGACCCACUCUGGGUCAACGUUGGACUCCUUGCUGUCAGUAUGCUGGGCUUCUUGCUGCCUCUCUACCUGAUCUGCUACAGGCGGACGCUCCACAAAGAGCAACAGCAGAGGGAGGACAACGCUAAGAUCUACAUCAAAAUUAACGGCUCCGACAUCCCUGAGGCCUUUGUCUAGAGAAAUGUAGAUAAAGAGAAACAGAGAAUAGAAAGCAAGCAAAAAUUUCUUACUGAGAAACACUGGCAAUCCAGUGACACAUGCCCACUUACACACAUUUAAAAGGACAACUCCUUCAUAUCACAUUUAUCCAUAGAUAACACACACACGCAAACAGGCUGCCACCUCCAUUUUUCCAAAAUCCCACCAAGACGCUGUUUCCUGUUGUCACGGAAACGAAGACAUUGGACAGUUGCUAAGGAGAAAAGUGAAACAUGGAGAGGAAAAGAAGAACAAGGGAGAGGAAAAGACUGUGAAAGGAAAGAGGCAUCAGCCCUCUGCAUUCCCCCAAAUCCUCUGACUUCUCUUUUUAUUCCCUCCUCUCUUAGCGGCACAUUAGUGCAGCUAUGUUCCACAUAAGACUGCUUCAGUUCCCUAUGCUAGCAGAAAAGGGGAUAAGAAAGGUUGUUUAGGCCACAGAUUUCCACCUGUGAAACCAGCAAGACUGCAAAAUGUCACCCUCUCAAGCACCAACCUUUGUAGUGAGUGAUUUCCAUGGUUAUGAGUUUUGUUUUCUUUCUUGUUUAAUAUGCUGACUUUAAAUCAUCCUGAUUGUAAAUCCCACGACAUGGUGCUACCUAUCAGCUGGACGUCUAGACAGAUAAGGUGUAAGGUUAUCUGCGGACUAAACGGCAUUAAUGAGUGACAGGAAGGAGAGUUGAGCCUUAUUGUCGAUGAUGUGCGAGAAGAAAAGACAGUCAUGAUGAUUAAUUAUGGGGCUUUUUUGUUGUUGUUUUUACAAAGCUAACAUCUUAUUACAGUAUAAAACUACUGUAGCUUAGAAUAUACUGUAGCAUGGGAUGAAUGUCAGUGUUUUAUGUGGCUGUAUAGUGUUAGAGGAAGAUCAAACAAACAGCGGUAUGUUUUGCUAAAAGCAAAAUGUUCGUGUAUGUUUAGAUUAUUUAUUUAAUUUCCUGUUAUCUUUAUUUUCCUUUUUAUACUUUAAGUUUUCCAGAGGUUCCUUUUCAACAUACCCUCAUAUAAAAGAGAAGAUUUGCUCAACAUGUUGGACUUUUUACACAUUUCAGUGAAAAUAGUCUCCCUUUUGCAAUAAUACAACUUAGGUAUACAUUUAACAUAUAAGAUACACUUAAUGUUUUCCAUUAAGUGUCUCCAGGAAAUCAUCAUCAUUCAGAUUCCUUAUCUUAAAGUCAGUAUUUCAUUCAGUUUGUCUACCUACUGAUUAAAAGAAAUGCAGCACUUUAUUCUCUGCUAAUCCCUUUAGUUUUCACACACAUCAGCUCAUUUCAGCACUUCUCUCCUGACGCCUCUCUUGAGAAAUAGUCCUGCUUUUAUUUUGAGCUCCUCCUUCCUUCACACAUGUAUUUAUUUUUAUUUUACACCCACUUUUCCAUCAUAAAUUUCAUGAUGUAUUUAAAUUUUACUGUGCUGACAACUACAUAUAUGCCAUGUACUGUGUUGUUUGCAUAGAGUCCUUUCUUCUAUUAUCAAACACAAUGUAGAGAUGUUUGUUAUACAGAAUU